AGUCGUUGGUUGGUUGAUUAUUAUUAGUGUACCAAGUAAAUUUUUCUUUUACUUUUUCAUUUAUAUAGCUCAACUAAUAGUCUAAAUACUGAUCAUUAAAAGGGUAGUACUAAAGUUUCAAUUUUUAUUUAUUUUUUUCUUUUUUCACACACGAAAUAUGAGAUAAUCAACAGAAUUAAGAGGAAAAAAUAUGUUGUUUUCACCACAACCCUUCUGUCUUUGUUGGUUGCCACAGUGAUUUAGACUUGAAAGCUCCCAUCUUUUCAUGUCUAUUGACACUGAUAGUUGAUACAUCACUUACUUUGCCUUGUUCAUGUCCUCUUUUGACCCUUUUAUUUUCCUCUUCUCUCUUCCUCAUUCAUCUUUCUCCAAUACUGUUUUCAAGUAAUCUGAUACCCCAUCAACAACAAUCCCAUUUUCCAUCUUUCUCUCUUUCUCUUUCUCUCUCUUUCAGCUUCAAUAAAGAGAGAAAAAAGAAUAAAUAUCAAAUAAAAAUGGGGUCUUUGGGGAUUGAAGCUGUAGAGAAGAAGGCAAUGUGGCUUUAUCCUAAGGUUAUGGGAUUUAAUCCUUCUGAAAGAUGGGGGCACUCUACUUGUUAUGCUCAAGGGAUUCUCUAUGUAUUUGGGGGGUGUUGUGGAGGCUUGCAUUUUGGUGAUGUUCUUCUGCUAAAUCUUGACACAAUGGUUUGGAAUGCUCUUGUAUCCACAGGCGAAGGCCCUGGCCCGAGAGACAGCCACAGCGCGGUUGUUGUGGGGCAGAAAAUGGUGGUUUUCGGGGGUACAAAUGGCUCGAAGAAAGUAAACGAUCUGCAUAUACUAGAUUUAGGAAAGAAAGAAUGGAUGCAACCCGAAUGCAAAGGAACCCCGCCUUCACCUCGCGAAAGUCACACUGCUACACUAGUGAGUGAUGAGAAGCUAGUGAUAUUUGGAGGCAGUGGUGAAGGUGAAGGAAAUUACUUGAAUGAUUUGCAUAUUCUUGAUCUCAAAACCAUGACAUGGAGUUCCCCUGAAGUUAAGGGUGAUGUUCCUGUCCCUAGAGAUAGUCAUAGUGCUGUUACAUUUGGAAACAAGCUCUUUGUUUAUGGUGGAGAUUGUGGUGAUCGGUAUAAUGGCGAUGUUGACAUGCUCGAUAUGGAUACCUUAACUUGGUCGCGGCUAUCUGUGCAAGGAUCUUCGCCUGGUGUAAGGGCGGGCCAUGCUGCUGUAAACAUUGGGACAAAGGUCUAUGUCAUUGGUGGAGUUGGGGACAAACAUUACUACAAUGAUGUUUGGAUCCUUGAUGUGAGUACUUGCUCUUGGACUCAGCUUGUUAUACGAGGCCAACAACCACAAGGGCGAUUCUCUCACACUGCCAUUGUUGCAGACUUUGAUAUUGCCAUCUAUGGCGGAUGUGGCGAGGACGAGCGCCCUCUCAAUGAGUUAUUGGUGUUGCAACUCGGAGCAGAUCAUCCCAAUGGCCGUUACAACAUUUCCAUGUGCAAGAUUUUUGGAAACCAUUGGAACCAAGAUAAGAGGAGGUCAUUGAGAAGAGAAGGAAAUAAUGACAUGAAAACAAUAUUUUUGGGGAACAAUGUGGUAGUAAGGGAAAGAGCCUAUGAACUAGAAUCCGAAAGAAAACGGCCUUUUCCUUUCAAUUCAGAUACUUUACACCCAAAGAGGAAAAGAACAUCAACAGCGAAAGUAUGGGAUGUCGAAUCAGAGCAAGAGGAGCAUUCUCUUUCGCUUUCUCAUAGUUCCUCGCCAUCACUAUCUGAUCAAGAACAGACCACGACUCAAAGAGCCGCUGAUUCAGUUACCGGUUCUCAAGGAUUUAAUUUGUUCAAGCAACUAAACGAGACUCCAAACAAUGACAAACCUCGAAAUGUUUCAAGUAGACAGAAAGAGUCGAUAAACGCUGUACAAAGGACUUCAAAAGAUCACCUUUUAGGGGAAUGUCAAUCCCAGACUAAUAAUGGUCACUUGGGUAGAAAUAACACUCACUUCUUAGAUCCAGGGUCAAAUCAGCACCCGAUUGGAGCUGAGGUUCGAGGAAAAGUCGAUGGAGUAUUCGACUCGGGUUAUUUAAUGACUGCAACUGUUAAUGGAAAGCUAUUCAGAGGAGUCUUGUUUGCACCACAGGGACUUGGAGUCAUCCCAAGAGGACCGGUUCUCCCACAAACCCCACACACGGCUGCAACUCAGCAGUUUCCUAGCUCGCCUCACACUGAACCGCGCUAUAGGCUUUUCCAGCAACCGACGAAGAACUCAAGUCAAAGAUCUGCUCAAAGCUUCCCACAAGCUCAUCAAAUGGCUAGACCAUUUCCUGUGGUUAGACCUACUCCUUCUUCAUCUUUGCCCAAAGAAUCACCAAGCCUUAGAAGUGAUCUUCAAGGUGUGAUUUUAACACUGGGAGGACCCGGAAGCAGCCAACAUUAGAUGAAAGUUUUCAUCUUUUUUCUGCUUCAUUCAAGUUUUGUAAAUCAUGGGAUAUGUUUAGUCCAUUUUGGGCUUUUUGUGUUCUUGUAGAGAGUUAGGUAAGUUAGUUGGUCUUAGUAAUUUAUCUAAUUUUUGUAUUUAGUUGGCUGUUAUUUAUGUUUUGUGAAUGUAAUGUAUUUUUAUGAGCUUUAAUAUCCAUUACUUUUCACAAUGAUAAUGCACUAAGGAAAAUUGCAAUUGAA